AGUGAGUUAAUAGCCGGAAUUCAGUUGAGCAUUUCAGAUUAUUCAGAAUAGUGAAGGAGGAGCUGAGUGCAAGCGGAGUUUAGACACUGGCAGUGGGGUAUAGAACGGGUGCGGCAUGUAACGAUCGACAGCCUCCUAAAACCUUUUAGCAAACGGCUGUUUUGCACUUCUGGUAAACUUAAAGUAGGCAUUUCAGAUGGCUAAUCCCAGAACAUGUCAGAAAAAAGACAUGCCUCUUACUGUUUUCAAUCUAAGAAAGGACCGUUUUCAGAGAAUAACUCUUCAAGUUUCUGAUUUUUGUUUUGGCAGAUCCAUCUGCCGUAAUUCGAGACAACUGCGUUUCUCUCGCAGGCAGGCCGGGCCAGUCUUUCGACGGUAGUCCCUGCGCGGUCGGCCGCGUCGCAGUAAAGGGCGCUGAUUCAUGCUCAUUGUUUACGUGAACUGGAAGCACAUCCACGUGACAGAGGCUAACCGCGCUCACCUGCCUGGAAACAGGCUCGCGGCUCGCGGUUUCUCUUCGCUGGUUGUGUACUUUCGCGAGCAAUAUUGCAUGCCCACAGCAAAUACGGACGCAGGCAUGGGCGGGUGUUUUUCUUGUAGUUGGGAUUUAUUUUUACAUAAUAUCAAAGCUCGUUUGGUGACGUGGAUUACAAAGUGGGGUUCCAAAUCGGCUGCUUUUAAAGGUGUGAAGGAUGCGGCAGUGAAGAUGCUCGCCAUGAUGAUGGUGACGACGGCCGUGGCCGGGGCCGAGGCCUCCAACGCCUCCUCCAAGGACUACUGCUACAAGGCCCGCAUCCGCAGCACCGUCCUGCAGGGCCUGCCCUUCGGCGGCGUGCCCACCGUCCUCGCCCUCGACUUCAUGUGCUUCCUGGUGCUGCUGUUUGUGUUCUCCAUCCUGCGGAAGGUGGCCUGGGACUAUGGCCGCCUGGCACUGGUGACCGACGCCGACAGACACAAGGGACGGUUCAGCGGCCUUGAAGAGCGAGAAUACAUGCAAUUUUUUGCCUGUGUGAGCUCACCGAAUGACCCUGUGAGGCAGGAGGCCUAUGUAGACAGCGUGGCGUCGGUGAUGCACUCCGACACGCCGGAGCGCUACGAGCGCCUCACCUCCGUCUCCAGUUCCGUGGACUUCGAGCAGAGAGACUACGGCUUCUGUUCCUGGUUGACGGCGAUCUUCAGGAUAAAGGAUGAGGAGAUUCGGGAGAAGUGUGGGGAGGACGCUGUGCACUACCUGUCCUUCCAGCGCCACAUCAUCGGCCUGCUGGUGGUGGUGGGCGUGCUCUCCGUGGGGAUCGUCCUGCCCGUCAACUUCUCCGGAAAUCUGCUGGAAAAUAAUGCAUACAGCUUUGGGAGAACCACUAUAGCCAACCUGAAAUCUGGAGACAACCUGCUGUGGCUGCACACCACCUUCGCGUUCAUCUACCUGUUACUGACCGUCUACAGCAUGAGGAGACACACCUCAAAAAUGCACUACAAAGAGGACGACCUGGUGAAGCGCACUUUAUUCAUCAAUGGGAUCUCCAAGUACGCCGAAGAGAACCAAAUUAAGCAACAUUUUGAACAGGCCUAUACGAAUUGCGUGGUCCUGGAGGCUCGCAUCUGUUACGACGUGGCCAAGCUGAUGUCGCUGACCGCAGAGAGGUACGCCAUCACCGCACCUCACCCUGUCACUGUACCGCCAUCACCCUGUCACCUCACCCUGUCACUGUACCGCCAUCACCCUGUCACCCUCACCCUGUCACUGUACCGCAUCACCUGUCCCACCCUGUCCACCCUCACCCUGUCACUGUACCGCCAUCACCCUGUCACCCUCACCCUGUCACUGUACCGCCAUCACCCUGUCACCCUCACCCUGUCACUGUACCGCCAUCACCCUGUCACCCUCACCCUGUCACUGUACCGCCAUCACCCUGUCACCCUCACCCUGUCACUAUCUCUGUGUGGGCUGUGUGACUUUCCCCUCAGUUAUGUAAUGCCGGUGCACAGUUAUCUGAAACAUUUUGUCUGUGCGUGUGUCGUGCGUCUGUGCGUGCGUGCGUGCGUGUGUGUGUGUGUGUUCCUGCAGGAGGAGGCGGUGAGUUACUACACUAAGCUGGAGGCUAGUCUGAAGGAGGAGUACAGGAAGGAGAAGGAGAAGGUCAACACCAAGCCGCUGGGCAUGGCUUUCGUCACCUUCCAGAACGAGGCCAUGACCUCCAUAAUCCUGAAGGACUUCAACGCCUGCCGGUGCCAGGGGUGCAGCUGCCGGCCCACGCCCAAAUCCUCCCCCCUCAGCGACAUCCUGCACGUGUGCUUCUGGAGCGUGUCCUACGCCCCCGACCCGCAGAACGUGUACUGGGAACACUUGUCUGUGGGAGGUGUCUCCUGGUGGCUGCGCUGCUUCGUCAUCAACUGCAUCCUCUUCCUCCUGCUCUUCUUCCUCACCACCCCCGCCAUCAUCAUCUCCACCAUGGACAAGUUCAACGUCACCAAGCCAGUGGAGUACCUGAAUAAUCCCAUCGUCACGCAGUUCUUCCCCACCCUCCUGCUGUGGUCCUUCUCCGCCCUGCUGCCCACCAUCGUGUACUACUCUGCCUUCUUCGAGGCCCACUGGACCCGGUCAGGGGAGAACAGGACCACCAUGCACAAGUGCUACACCUUCCUCAUCUUCAUGGUCCUGUUACUGCCCUCCCUCGGACUGAGCAGCUUGGACGUUUUCUUCCGUUGGCUGUUUGACAAGAAGUUCCUGGCCGAUGCCACCAUCAGAUUUGAAUGCGUCUUCCUCCCAGACAACGGCGCCUUCUUCGUGAACUAUGUCAUCGCCUCGGCCUUCAUCGGAAACGCCAUGGACCUUCUGCGCAUCCCGGGCCUGCUGAUGUACAUGAUCCGUCUGUGCCUGGCCCGCUCCGUCGCCGAGAGGCGCAACGUCAAACGCCACCAGGCGUAUGAGUUCCAGUUUGGCGCUGCUUACGCCUGGAUGAUGUGCGUCUUCACCGUGGUCAUGACCUACAGCAUCACCUGCCCCAUCAUCGUCCCCUUCGGUCUGAUGUACAUGCUGCUCAAGCACCUGGUGGACAGGUACAACAUGUACUAUGCCUACCUGCCCACCAAGCUGGACAAGAAGAUCCACUCGGGCGCCGUCAACCAGGUGGUGGCAGCUCCCAUCCUCUGCCUGUUCUGGCUUCUCUUCUUCUCCACCGUACGCACAGACUUCUUGGCUCCGACGUCCAUGUUCACCUUCGUGGUUCUCGUCAUCACCAUCGUCGUGUGCCUGUCUCAUGUCUGUUUCGGCCACUUCAAGUACCUCAGCGCUCACAACUACAAGAUCGACACCCAGACUGUGGACGGACUGAUGGAAAAUGGCGGCGCGGUGCGCACCCCUGCCUCAAACAAACCUAUGUACAUCGCCCAGGUGCUGCAGGACCCCAACUCGGACGAGAUGGGAACGGGCAGCGGGGAAGACGACAGCCAGGGGUCCUCACAAGACGAGGAGAUGAUCAACACAGGGAGCAUCAACGAGGCCGACUUCCAGUCUGGCGAGGACAGCCUAAUCGCCAACGAGGUCCGGCAAUAGCGACCACCCCCCCCCCCCACCCCCACCCCCACCCCCCUGGAGCGGGACAGGGGAGGCAGGAGAGAGAAAGUGGGUGGAGCCACAAGAGAAAAGGACGAAUCAGGGGGCAGGGAGAGACCACUUCAGAGAAACUGCCUACCCAACUGCUCUACAAGCAUCUGAGGACCAACUGCCUGUACAGAAAAUGCCUGAAGCCCCGCCCCUAACCCCUCCCUCAUCCACCUGCGCAGUCAAAUGAGUGGCAGGGUACUCUGGCGGCCCCUCCCACAGACAGCCAGGCUCUUUUUCUACUGUGGUCAGUCACCGCAAGCGCACACUGGAAAAGGGUUGUUUUUUAAAAUCCAGGUGGAUUUCUUUUCUCUUUUUUUUUGUAAAGGAAAGAAAAACAAAAAACAAAACGAGGACCUGAGAUGGUAGCCCCCUCCUUUGCUAUACUCAGGCCCCACGCCCCUCUGCCCCCUCCCGCCCAGCUGCCCCCCCUGCUGGAAGCUCUAUGAACUGCACACUACCAAGUUUCCAGAGUUUGUGACUAGCACGCUAGACCGCACACACACUAUUUAUUUUCUCGAUGACAUGCUGGCGCCUGCAAGCGCCCUGAGCAGAGCCCCGCCUCUCUCGUCCCGACACAGAGAGAGGUGUCCACUCACGUUCCUCACGGAGCUCCCGCCCCCAGUCCGUCCCACCUGACGCGCGGGUGAAGCCUGGCCCCCCCCCACCGACUGCAUGUAUGCCUUAUGCUAGGCUCAUGCUCAUUUCUAAUUAGGCUUUUGGGUUUUUUAAUGCCUUUUAUAAUGCCCUGGUCUAAAGUAAAGACGAGAAGGGUGUGAAGCACAGGAAGUUAGGUUUGCUGUGGCUAAACCGUUGGCUAAGGCUGUGGAAGUGGCAGGAAGUGAGUUAGAGGUGCUUUCAGCUCCAGUGAAGCGCUGCCUGUGGCGUUGGUCCAGAGGGUAAAUAGAGGUCAAGGGUCAGCACCCUCUUCCAGCUCUGAUGAUUUUGUCUGUAUUUUUUUUUUUUUUUUUCCAGCAGCAAUACCACAGCUCUUUAAUGUGCUCCAUUUGGAACAAAGUAGAAAAGGAAAAAAUCUAUAAUGUUUCCAUGGUGGUUUUCGUUACACUACCAAAAAAAAAACUGGAAGAAAACUUGUUGACUGUUCUACUUCAACUCUGCUUGGCUUAAACACUGUAACACUGGAUCGGGGUGUCGUUGGGUGUCACACGCUGUGGAUUGGUGCUUUCUCGCUCUGGAAGGGCCAGGAGAGUCGGAUUGGGCGGAAUUCCCUGUGAAAGCAGAAGGAUUUGGGUCCCCGUGAGGGUGGGAGCGUGAGGGCGGAGUCACGGAUGAGGGCGGAGUCGCAGACGUUUCGAAUCAUGACCCAAUAAACGAAGCAGAGCUCUUGAGAGUCCGGUGUGUCUGUCGUGCUCUCACCAACCCUCCAUGGUCACUAAAAACUGUGGCGUCGGUGCCGCAAGAUUUGUCGUCCUUAUAUGUGGAUCAUUCAUACUAAUGGAUUACUGAGUGAUUUUAUACUUUUGUAAAUCUAUGUUCAUUUAUUAUUGAUUAUCUUCGGUCACUGCAUAAAGUGACAUCAGAAAGUAGCAGCCGGACACAAAAGAAAACAGCAUUUAAUUUGAUAUGUUACCUCUAACCUCUAACUGGAAAUUCUCAAGUUUCAAUGAAUUUGUGUUGUUUUUUAUUUAUAUAAGUGCGUGCGUGUGUGCUUGCAAGGUUGCAUGCGUGCGUGUUUGUGUGUAAAAUUAGUUUUUUCCUGUGUUAGGCACCUGGAGUAAAGUGUAAAAUUUUUUUUUUUUUUUUUUUGAGUACUUUUCAACUCUUGGACUGUUAAGUGCACUCUGUGACCUUUGACCUGUGUUUUAUUGCACACGCACACUACUGCACAGUAACAACCUUCCUCACUAAGUUCUGUCGGGACACCGUGAUUGGCCGGCCCCUUUCGGGCCGUCCGAGCGUCCGCCUCAGUCGGGUCACGGUUGAACUGAGCUGGGGGCAAAUUCCAUGUCAGCUCAUGAUGUGAACUGAAUUCCUCCCAUUGUCCAUAAUGCUCUGUACAGAAUGUUCAGGUAAUGAACUGAAUGUCUGAAUUUCAUCUAAUUUCCUACACUGCGUUUAUUUUUCUAAUGCUUCCCCCCCCCCUUUUCUCCCCUAAUUUGGAAUGCCCCUUUGUAUUCAUUGCCUCUGCUUUUGAUUUGAGAGGGCACAGUUACCACAUUGCAGUUCACACCCCUGAGCUGGAUUGAAAUGGAAUUACCCCCUGCUCUUUUAGCCAUGAGAACUUGACCUUGUGGGCCGUUCCAUUCCGUUGUGUGGGGGGAGACUCGCUUAGAGAAAUGUGCUCUCUCUGCCACACAGUUUCACACACGUAUUGGAAAGUUUAUUAGUUUGGUGGUAUGAUUGGUAAGUCCUUGUUGAAACAGUGUUUGGUUUUUUUUCUUUUCUUUUUUUAGUGUCACCUCUACUACCUUAAUUGAUGUAAGCUAUUGCGCUAAAAUGGAUUUUAAAUAGUUCUUGAGCUUGUUCUUGUUGGGGGUGGGUGGGAACAGGAUAUUGUAAUUAAGACAUUUUUUAAGGUAUGUAUACAGUUUUUGCUGUUUUAGCUCUGUGACCUCUCCUGAAGAAUUCACACUUAGCUACAUUAGGCUCAUGUUUAUGACAGGUUUUUGUACAUUUCCGUGUUCUUUGCUUUGUGAUCACUUGGACUGUGGGUGAGCUGAGAGCAAAUUGUCUUUAUUUUACUAAUUAAAUUCCAAAUGUCUGUUUGCAGAGGUCUCUGAAACUGUCACACCAUUACCUUCUGCUGAGAUUAUAUGAGCUCAUAGUAAUAAUGCUUCUAAAUUCUUGCUUUAGCACCAAUUCCUUCAACACCCAAUAGCACAUGCUGAAUAUUUUAGGUAAGGAGGAGGAACAUAUGGUACAGCAUAUAUUUGCAGAGCACUCAGGCAUAUUCCAAAAUUAAGGCUUUGCCAAUAAAUAAACCAUGUAUUAGGUUCUUAUUUAAUUCCGCAGGCUCAAGUUUGAAGUCUAAAUGAAUAACCACAUUGCACACAAAAAAAGCAGUCUGCUUUAGUUCAGGUGUCUAGUCCCCUGGAAAAAAUCUCUAACUGGAAAAGUCGAGACUUGUUGGACUGAAAUUGCACUCAUUCCCCCACCCCUCGGCUGUCACAGUGACACAAUGGCCGUUAACUGAUAACUGAUAACAAUUGAUACCAUUUUUGGUUUUUCUAAUCUUCCUGUUUGAAUAAUGGCGCAGAAGGCAAGCAACGUUAACGUCUUCAUCCGCCUUUUGAUGCAGAGCACCAGAGACCAGCUGGGCCACAGUAGUCCUCAAUCUGCUGUUUGCAUCCUAAGUACAGGACGUCUUUCAAAUAUGUGGUUUCUGGUGCCCCAUGGAAAUGCCUGUGUGCAUGUACCAAUCCUGUGCUUUAAACUGAAAGCUUCCUUUUGGUUUUUGGGGAUCCUCAGGAAAUGGUGGGGUGGUGGUGCCGCUGCCCCCUGCUGCUGUGGAGGGAAAGGGAGGGUGGGUGGGGAGAGCUUCACCAACCACUGCAAUCCAGGUGGACGCUGUCCACUAGAGGUCUCUGUACAGGCGUCUCUGUUCUCCAGACUUGGAGUACGGACUGAUCUGUGUCCGGUAACAAUGCACAAACAACGAGGAGGUUUGUAAAUAUUUUUGCCUGUCUACAAACCCCCUUCAACAAACUGAAAUAUGUUUGUCUGAAUUUGUGUAAAGGAACCGCGCGAUACUGUACGAAUAAUGAUGUAUCGAGAGAAAAUAAAUCUGUUUUAGUGCA